GCCUUCCUCUGGGUCCUACUCUGUCUGUCUGGGUUCUGACUUCUGGGUCUCUCUGGAUAUCUUCACUGUGAUAGUUUCCAACAACUGUGAUUCCAUCUUCGUGAACGGGAAAGAAAUGAAGAGCAAAGUGGACACAAUAGUGAACUUCACCCACCAGCAUUUCACUUCCCAGGUAGAGGUCACCGUCUGGGCACCCCGACUUCCCCUGCAGAUUGAGAUCUCUGACACGGAGCUGAGCCCGAUCAAGGGCUGGAGGACCCCAGUGGCCUCCAACAGGAGGCCAACACGGGAGAGUGAUGAUGAAGAGGAUGAGGAGAAGAGGGGGCGCGGGUGCUCCCUGCAGUACCAGCACGCCCUGGUGCGUGUGCUCACCCAGUUUGUGGCUGAGUUGCCUGACCUAGGUCAGUUGACCUACAUGCUGGGCCCUGACUGGCAAUUUGACAUCACUGACCUUGUGACGGAGUUCAUGAAGGUGGAGGAGCCAAAAAUCGCCCAGUUACAAGAUGGCAGGACCCUGGCUGGCCGGGAGCCAGGCAUAACCACUGUGCAGGUUCUCUCACCUCUCUCUGACUCCAUCCUGGCUGAGAAGACAGUGAUUGUCCUGGAUGACCGGGUCACCAUUGUGGAGCUGGGUGUGCAGCUGGUGGCUGGCUUGUCUCUUACCCUACAACCUCACAGAGCAGACAAGAGGGCCAUCGUCUCCACGGUGGCUGCCCAGGAUGUUCUCCAAGACCCACAGCAGGAAGCAAUAGUCAGUUCUUGGAUUUUGUUCAGUGAUGGUUCGGUGACGCCUUUAGACAUUUAUGACCCCAAGGAUUUUUCUGUUACUGUCUCAUCAUUGGAUGAAAUGGUGGUGUCUGUCCAGCCAAACCUUCAGUACAAAUGGCCAGUCUUGGUUGCAGAGGGUGAAGGCCAAGGUCCCUUGAUUAAGUUGGAAAUGAUGAUCAGUGAACCUUGUCAGAAGACCAAGAGGAAGAGUGUUCUUGCUGUUGGUAAAGGAAAUGUCAAGGUCAAAUUUGGGCCCAGUACUGACGCGCACCAAGGAGGCAGCAAUGAUAUCGAGGGUGUGAACCGGGACUACAAAGACCACCUGAGUAAUUCCAUCCAGCGUGAAGGGAGCCAGGAGCGAGCAGUGCAGGAAUGGUUCCAACAUGGCAUCUCUGGUGGCCAAGAGGACAGGACCAACAAGAGCACCACCCCACGGUAUCCUGUGAGAGGAAGGGAUAAGAAACUACUCAGAGGGGGUGCUGCCGAUGCCUUCACAAGUUUCCCUACUCAAGGGAAGUUACCGGAGCCCAAUAACCCCGGUGACCUUACCAUGACCUCAAGGGGAUUAACAGACUUGGAGAUCGGCAUGUACGCGCUGCUCUGCGUCUUCUGCCUGGCCAUCCUGGUCUUCUUAAUUAACUGCGUAGCGUUUGCUUGGAAGUACAGACACAAAAGGUUUGCAGUGAGUGAGCAGGGCAAUACCCCCCAUUCCCACGACUGGGUCUGGCUUGGGAAUGAGGUGGAACUUCUGGAGAACCCCGUGGACAUUACUCUCCCCUCGGAGGAGUGCACGACCAUGAUAGACAGGGGGCUGCAGUUCGAGGAGAGGAACUUCCUGCUGAAUGGCAGUUCCCAGAAGACUUUCCAUAGCCAGCUGCUCAGACCUUCUGACUACGUCUAUGAGAAGGAGAUGAAAAAUGAACCUAUAAAUUCUUCGGGCCCAAAGAGGAAGAGAGUCAAGUUUACUUCCUACACCACCAUCCUCCCAGAGGAUGGCGGCCCGUACACCAACUCCAUCCUGUUUGACAGCGAUGACAACAUCAAGUGGGUCUGCCAAGAUAUGGAGCUGGGAGACUCACAGGACUUCAGAGACUACAUGGAAAGACUGCAAGACCAGAUGUGAACUCCUUUCUUAUGUUUGUAAUCACCUUUAUGCCUUCUGUUUUCGAAAGAGUUGGAAGAGUGAGCUUGGUCAGCAAUAGGGGUGACUUAACACAGCUUAAAUAGUGG